AUGAUCUUCAAGUCCUCCCUCAGCCAUGCGGCUGCUUCUCUCCUCCUCCUCACCCCGGCUCUGGCCCAGAAAGUCCAGGGUCCGGAGUACAACAAGCCCUCUGCCGGUCCUCCCGCCAGCUUCUUCGCGGCUGCGCCCACUAUGCCCGUCGCGGCGUUAAAGUCCGCUGUGGCCCGGGCCAGCGUUGUCCCCAAGAACGCGGCCUACCCGGUCAACCAGGAUGGCGGCCCAACUGCGACUAUCCACGCGGACUGGGCUUCUUUGCCUACUGCCGCUGCCUAUGUCUACACCGCCGAUAUGGACGUCGACUGUGACGGACUUGAUCAUAACUGCAAGGGCAACCCGGAUGGUCAGCCGGAUACCAACUUCGGAGCUUUGGCUGCCUACGAGGUGCCCUUCGUCGUUAUCCCGGAUCGCUUCGCCACUACCUACGCGUCGGCGCUUCCAGGAAACAACAUCGUUGCGGUGAUCUGCGAUGGCAAGAUGUUCUACGGUAUCUUUGGUGAUACUGAUGGCGAUCACCCGCAGGUCAUUGGUGAGGCCUCCUGGCUGAUGGCCAGAACCUGCUUCCCCAACGACAACCUCAACGGUGACUCGGGCCAUGUCCCCGCUGACGUGACGUAUAUCUUCUUCACCGGCAAGGACUCCGUCCUCCCCAGCAGUGCCGUCAACAAGAACUACAUCACCGACUUCACCAAGCUGCGCAGCAUGGGUGAUAGCCUUGUCAACGCCUUCGCCUCCCAGCUGGGUAUCUCUUCUGGUGGUGGUAAUGGUGGUGGUGAUGGCGGCCACACCACCCUUCACACCACCACUGCGACCAGGACCGCCACCGCGCCGACUUCCACCGCCACCUGUGACUGGGAGGGCCACUGUCUCGGCACUGCUUGCUCCAACAACGGUGAAUGCUCGGAUCCCUUUGGCUGCAUCAACGGAUUCUGCAACUAUGACCCCACCCUUACCUGCCAGUGGGCUGGCCACUGUGUCGGUGCCUCGUGCUCUUCCAACGACCAGUGCUCCGAUCCCUUUGCUUGCAUUGAUGGCGCCUGUGCGGUUGAUACCAGUCUUGAUUGUAGCAGAAAGGGACACUGUGCCGGUACCACCUGUCUCAGUGAUAGCGACUGCUCCCGGCCCUUGUCUUGCAUUCUUGGUGUUUGCGCUAACCAGAGUGGUUAA